UUUUUUCCGUGUCGUCAACAGCCGCAGUGGCAGCUGUGCGCCGUACACAGCCUACUGUUGCUAUUAAAUUGUAGUGAUACUACUACGAUUAUUGUCAGUCUAGUUAUAUUUAUUGGUACAUAUUUUACUAUUAUGUAGAUUAUGUGCUACAAGAACGGCAUAAAGAGAGGAAUCAGUCGUAAGACAGUGUAGUCGACACCGCCAGCGCAGCUGGUACUACCGCUACGAUUAGCGUAAUUGUCCGGCAACUCAGUGUAUGGAUCUCUCGAGGCAAUAGACACGGCUGAUCAGUUGCAUAUCAUCAACAGCUUUUUAAGUCAUUUAGUAUGCGGCCGUUGUUGGAGUGCAGUAUAUAAAUAGUCUUGGUCAGUCGAUGUACGGUUAUCUCCAUUGACACUAUAACGGUUUGGCGACUUGUACGAACGUAAGCGAAUGAAUGAUUCGGUCCGAGAUGUUCAGUUCAUUAGUGUUGAUGUGCAUGGAUGAUUAAAAUGUAUCCUUUUCAACCACGGGCUAUGCUGAAAUAAGUUCCCUCAGGAUGUACUAGAGUGAAAAAAGUGCCUGUACAAUAAUAGUUAUACCGAAAAUAAAAACUCUAAGUGAUACGCUGUCUGUGGAUAUAAAUUUGUCGUCAGGGCAGCCGCUCGUACGAGAAAGCGCAAGCGUAAUGGUGUUAGCUUCGGGCGGGUGACAGCCCGCCUUCUUGGCGCCCACAGCGACCUGUGAUCAGAGAGUUCUGUGGGGGUAGUCGAAAAAUCGGUGGGGUUCUGUUCCGCUGAUUUUAAAAUUUGUUUCGAGAUGAGCUGGCUUCGUAAACAGGGCUCGUUCCGUCUUCGUCGACCGGCCGCCAUUCUCAAAAAUGCUGAUCCGCGAACACUUCUUGAAGCCUUUCGGGAACACUGCACGCAAGCUAGUGCUCUUAUGCAACGAUGGGACCUUUCGCUUAGCCUAUCGGUGCGUCAGGAUGACGUAGCAGCCAUAGUUAACCAUCUCGAACAGAUGGUGAACUAUAUCCUUGAAGAAUGUGCGGCAAAAGGUCCAUUUGGUCCUGGCGGAACAAUAACAGGACCACCUUCAUCUGUGUCAACUUUGUCGUCGUCCACAUCAUCAUCGGCGCCUUCGCCUGCACCUUCAUUGAACUCGUACGCGAUAUCUCCAAUUCUCGACUAUAUCCUUGACAACUACGUUCUUGAAAAGGUGCUUGACUGGAGUUUACAGACAGCCGAAUUUACGCUCCGCUUACUUGAGGAACAGCUGCGAAUAUUUGAGAUCUUAACGAGCAACUGUUCGCAGCGUCUUCUUUACCAAAAGGGUUUUCUAAGCCCGCUUCAGAAGCUUUUGUCCAUUUGUGAAUCUGACUGCCCAGAAGAAUUGGAACGCCGUCUAGUGGCUUUACUUAAUACGUUAUGCGUUACUUUGUCGCAAAACGCGGACCUCCUGCAAAUAUUUUUUAAUCCACGCGGAGGAGACACAGGCGAAAGUCACGGCCCUCCUCGAUUUCUCGUGUUCUCACUAUUGGUUCCUUAUGUCCAUCGGGAAGGCCAAUUAGGUCAUCAGGCAAGGGAUGCUCUGCUAUUGUGUAUGUGUCUCGCCGCCAAAAAUCAUGCGAGAGUCGACGAGCUUGGCAAAUAUAUGGCAAAUCACUCAAACUUCUGUCCAAUUCUUGCCACCGGUCUAAGUGGGUUGUACUCGGUGCUACCCCGAAAGUUGGAGGUUUGCGGAGAAGACUGGUAUCGACUUUCGGAGGAAGACGUCCAAGACUUGCCGGCACUGGGGGCAUUUCUCUGUUCGCUCGAGUUUUGCAAUGCCGUGACGCAGGUGUCACAUCCGCUCGUUCGGGAUCAACUUUUGGACUACCUUUUGCAUGGCUUUCUGAUACCUGUCAUGGGUCCUGCCCUCUACCAAAGCAAUACCGAUGAGAUAGUCACAACGACUGUCUACCUGGAACUGUUUCUUCGUAAGGUAACAGAGCCCCGCUUAAUGCGUGUAUUUCUACAUUUUUUGCUCACGACAAUGUGUGAACGGCGACUUCUUGUUGACAUAUUAAUUUUGCGGAUCGGAGCUCAUUCAAAGCUGGCUAUUGUUACCAUCGCGUUGUUUAAAACACUCCUGGAUUUAAACUGCGAAGAGGUCAUGUUUGAACUCGUCUUCAAGUAUCUAAUUCCUUGUUCCCACGUUAUGGUCUCGCACCGCGAGCGAAUGCGUGACGUGGAUACGUUUUGUGUGACUGCUCAACGGUUACUUUCGCUAGCGCCUUCGCAGCUUCCUCCAGUUGCGACCAAUAAAUCGACGAGCGGCUAUUUGUCAAAUGCGGGUUCCGUUAGGGCUGGGUCGGUCCCGCCAACAUCUUUCAACGGCAACGUCCGACAAAGUCGCAGUUAUACAGAAGGGUUAGCCGGCGCCUCAAGAUCAACAAAUGCGAACGCAAAUGCCCAAGACAUAUCCGACCAGUUUCAAAUUAGUUAUUUAGCCUAUCUACUUGAUGCCAAAAAUGGCAUUCGUGCAUGUCGUGAUGCGUGUCAAGUUUGGUCGCGAAACUAUGACGGGAGCAAAAGUGAUUCCCGGGCGACGGUAAACGGUCCAGUGACCGGAGUAACCAACAUGUACCUGCCGGGAAAUUGCAUCAGCAGUGCUAAUGACAGGGGAAGUAGCAGUGGCACAUCUUCUUCCAUUAAAAAUCAACAACAGCAGCAACAACACAUAAAUGGGGCAGGUGGGAACGAAGCCAGCAUCGCACUUAAUGUUGGCGCUCCGAUGCAGUGUCAUAAUGGAAAAUUAGCCGAAGAGAAAGAGGACUCCGGAAUAUUUGUCAAUGAUCAAAAGGAUUUUGGCGGUGCUGAUAUAGGACCUUUCCUGACACAGGUCCUGUCACGACUGGAGUGUAUCACAAUCAAUGAUGUCUACACCAAUCUACAACUUACCUCCCUGAUCUCUCGACUCGCACUCUACCCCCAGCCGUUACUUCGCAGCUUUCUCCUGUCGCAAGAGAUAGUCUUCCAACCAAGCAUACGAAGCCUAUAUCAGGUGUUGUGUGGCCUUCGGCAUAAAAUUGAGCAGCUCUCCAUCCAACUAGGCAAUUAUCCCGUACUGCUAAGCAGAGCAAGGGAGUUCUUUGCGGCUAGGGAAAACGUUCUUAAUCAACCCAACCUGACGCUUGCCGGCUCCAUCGUUGGCCAAACUCUUCCACCGGCCAGAGAGAAAUCAGCCAUGAAUGUUAACCCACCAGCUCAACGUCGGAGAAGUCUUGGGACCUUUUUCAGGAAGUUUAGUGCGUUGCAACCCAUCGCAGAUAAUUCUGGCUACAGAUAUAUUGUGAAGCUACCCUAUGGUGAAAAAAACGCUUCAAACGAAAGUGACUCAUCAAGAUCCAAUUCUGAAGCGGUACGGGCACAAACGCGAGCUAUCUUAAGUAUCGUGAUAUUUGACGAAUUCGUCAAGGAGCUGGCGGCCAUUAGUCAAGAACACAGUCUUCAGCAGUUGUUGGACGAGGUGCCCGCUGAUUAGUACGGUAUAAGGAAAAGAGCCCGGAGGUUCUGCAGACAGUCGAGAGAGAUGAAAAAAAGAUCAACUUCAUGAGGCGAUUAGGAGACUUUCAAAAGGCAUUUUUUAACGGUUCAGUUCACCGGUGGUCUUUAAAGGUCGAUAUGUUCGGUUGCCUGAGCACACAUCCCACAUGGAUUCGCAGUGGUGAACUCAUAUAGUGGUCUGUGCUACAGUUCUUCGCGCUGUUUCCUGUUUCGGAUAGACAAUCCGUUUAUGGUUCGUUUAAAAUAAUCAUCUUCAAGUUAUUUCAACGUAUCACAAGUAGAAUUGUAGCCUUGUUCGGUAAGAUCCGAGUAGUCAAUCCUUUGCGAUAGAAGAAAAGGUGCAACGCGUAAAAAAUACGUACGAUUAAUCCUAUCAAUUACGGUUGUUACACAACAAGAUAAAUUAGAAGAUAUGGACAAUUUAAUUGCCGUAAUCACCUGUCAUGGAUCAAUGUUUAUCAUGAAAGUGUAUGUAUGUGUGUGUGACGUACGACGAUUUCUUAAUGCGCCGGCACGGUACAUUGAGCAGUUGUUAAUCUGUUGUUGACUUUACAUAUGGCGCGUGCAAUGGGUACUCACAGGGUUUGCCUUAAGUAAAAUAACAAGUGAAUAAUAAUAGGAAAAAAAUCUAUCAUGAAUCGCCGACCUCGGCUACAAAAACCCCCCAGUAACAGAAGAUUGACAUCAAAUUACUUAAAAAUAUGCAAAGUGACGUAAACAAAAGCAAUGUGACAAGAAAGCGGUCUUAGUGAUGCAGAACAUAGCAUCUUUCCCCUAAUUAGUGUGGGCCGUAGGUAAUUAUUGGUAUAAAGACGAACGAAUGUCUGCACAUAUUUAGCUAAUUACAAAGAACGAAACGUCCAUAUUUAAUUAAUAUGACUAUCUUGUACUUACAUGACAACUUUGUUCGAGUCAAUUGAACUACUGAGCGAGAGGCAAAACGGUGGCUUAUGCCGUAGAUUGAAGCUAGCUGGCGACGGAAGCUUUAGUAGACGCGAUCCUUCACCGUUAAAUGUAUACAUGCAGAGGGCUUUUAAGCACAGAAACUGCAGGAAGCUCCAAGCCUACCAGAGCGUCCGUAAGCACCACAGCGAGACUGAGUGAGAUUGUUUCGUACCUUAUGUUUCUUACUUUCAGUGUCUGUGACAAAAAUGCGUGCGUGCGUGCGUGUGUGUUGAUAUAGCUGAAUUCUAACGGUAAUCUUUUGUAUCCAACAGAACGCACUAUUGAUCUAAAUCUACACGAUUGACCGAUGCUGUUGAUUUUUUUUUUAAUAAUUUUGCGAUGCGGUUACUAAAGCUGACAGCAUCUAUAAAUACUCCGAUCCGUUAGUAGCAUCUUCGGCUCUCUUGGGCUCAUAAGAGUAAAUUUCCGGACCCGAAUUUCCUGAGAUACUUAAUUUGUGAGAGCGUCAUUGUUUCGAUCUGAAAAUGUAUUUCACUCCUUUAAAAAGCAUCUCGUGAUGCUUGUGGCACUGACUGUUGACCGUUGAUCAAUUUUGAAAUGGCUUUAUCCAGACACACGCGAUUUAAUCCGUUCAUAAAUGUAUUUUACUCAACGCUCCAAUGCUACUAAUGGGCACCCAAUAAGUGCCAGAGUUGUGUUACCUAAAGGCAAAAGAAUACAUAAAAUACCUGAUUACAGUCAGGUUAAAAUAGCAAAUAUUUGGGGAAUAUCUAGCCUAAGAACUAUCGAGAGUCCAUUGACUCUCUUGCAAUGGCUGGGGCAUUGGUCUAUGUAAACUUAAUACCUAAAUAAGUCAAUUUCUAAAUGGCAACCGUUGCAAUAAUCAAAUUUCAAGAUUAGGCUACGGAAAAGUUCGGGCAAAACAACGAAGAUCCCUCGGCAAUGAAGUAUAAUUAGAGCGCUAAAUUACACUUUGUGAGAUUUCGUCUAUUUUGUUUUUGCAUAACUGUUUUAGUUACGAAGAAUGGUUUUGAUACUAGCACAAUCUUUAGCAUCGUCCGAUUCAGUAGCACCCGGAGUUAAGGACAAUGUUUCCUCUUGAUAACAAUUAAUGAGUGAGAUCUGUUAUCGUGCGGUUGUGCUUCCAGUUUUGCUGGUUCAAACCACUUAGCAGAAAAACGAUAACUUUUGAAUGUUUAUGAAGUUUUUUCCUAAGCAUCUAGUGAUGAUGAUGAUGCACAUACGCUCAUGACGCAAAAUGAAAAGUAAUUUUGAAUUCAAUAAGUAUUUUAUUAUUCAGCAGCAGACGAAAUCGAACAAAUUAAUCUUGAUGUUAAUUUUGUUAAUGGUAUUUCUGUUUUCCAUGUAACAGCCUCCUAUACGUUAUGUUAUCACUGUGAGCAAAUCUAGGUCAUGUUAUGAAAAAACGAAGGUUUCCACGUAUGCGUGUGCGCGUUUGAUGUGUAAAUCUGUGUUUGUUAUUUUGGCAUUAACGCAGGUGUUGUUAUUAGUGUUAUUAAUAUGCCUUUGAGCAUGCUGCACUCGAAGAGUUCGUGUCUUCUAGCAGUGACGAUAAGUUGAAAAGAUUGACGAAAAUAUGGACAGAUAGUGGUGGACAGAGGACGCGUUAGUAAUAACGUCGAAAUUAGUCAAUUGAGUAGCUUUAUUACUACGACGAUACUAGUUAUACAACUGUAAUAAUCAUAUAUAAUAUUAUAAAUAUAUAGUAAAAUGCUAUUCUUUGUCAAUGUCUACCUAACUGUCCUUGCCUUAGAAUAAAGGAUGCCAUCAACCAAAGUUGAAGAUGGUGACCGAUAACAACACAAUAUACUAUAGUCACAUAAAAUUCAAAUAUGCAAUGGAGGUGAGGUUGGACUCUUAAGACAUUUUGAAAUUUUUCAUUAGGACAUCUUGUAAACGCGCUUCUAUUCUUUACGAUCCUUCAUCAGACGACUGUUGUUACCAAUGUUCAACUUCGAUGGCUUCAAUAACAAUUUCUAGUCCCUAUCAGUCACAAGUAAGCCUUCCAAAGCUAUCAAUACCAUGUUACUUGAAUCACAAACUAUACCUAGCUCAUGUACUGCAUUAGGAGAGGCGCGGCUUUUGUUUCUUUUUUUUUUUCUGAAAAAGCUUACUAGCUAGCGCUAGUGCUCCGCAAAAAAAUAAUGAAAAUGCCCUGUGGUACGAAUAGGUACCAUCGGAUUUUGUACUGACCUUUCUAUCACGAUGCAACUUUUGCACAAUUUAAUAUACGUAGUUUUACAAAAGACUGAAUUCAGUAAUCAACAGUCUGUCUGUAAACCCUGUUCCACACUUAAAAUACGGUAAUGUUGCCAAAGGGAAACCUAUAAUGAUUGUGUGAUUCUUACAUAUGCGUACAGUGAUUACCGUUUACAUUGCCCGUUUCUAUCAACGCAGUAAGCCCCUCAACUAAGAAAUAAGCACAACUGCGAACUAUUGUGUCGAAGAUCUAAGCGUUUCUCAUAUUAUGAGAACGUUAUUUAGCAACAAAGAGAUUUGAAGUAAAUCCGUCUGCGUUGCUGUUUUUCUUAACAAUGCGAUAAUAAAUAAUGUUUCUACUGAACAGAGGCAAAUGCAAAUAUAAGAUAAAAAAAUCAAAGCAAGCAAAUAAGUACUGUAAAUACACCGUGUGCAUAAAAUCAGAAUAUAUACGCGAAUAAAACUAACUUAUUUUGCAAAAAACUA